UGGGUUUUUUUUUUUUUUUAAAUCAUCUGUGUUUGUGUUGGCUUCUAGCCCUCAGUUCCAGCACCUUUGGGCUGGUGCCAAAUGUUAGUCAGCACUUAGGCUAGAAGUAUCAUUUUCCAACACCCAGAUCAGAAGGAAAACUCCGCCUCUUACACCCACUACUUAGUGCUAUACUACAAAACUGACUAGUUGAAUCAUGUGCUCUUUACUUCUGAAUUUCUGCUUUUCACAACUCUCAUUCCUGCAGAGAAUGAGUUUGAGCCACAUGGAGAAUAUGCCUUUAAGCCAUUCAAGUCCUCACGCAGCACAGAGACCAUCCUGGAAGCAAUGGCUACUCUACUCAACAAUAGUUAUUUUGCUAUUACUUUGCUCCUUCAGUGCACUAAUCUUUACUUUUCUCCCACUCAAGGUAAGGAGACAACAGUACCUAAGGUUGCUGUUUAUUGUACUCCAUUUUGCUUUGACCUCCAAUGGGCCCUGUGUAGCGAAGUUUGGACCAUUACCUUCAAAAUGGCAAAUGCCCUCUCCUGAGCCUUCUUGUGUGAAUAAGACAGAUGAUUGGAGGCUGAAGAUACUUCAGAAUGGCUUGUAUUUAAUUUAUGGCCAAGUGGCUCCCAACACAGCUUACAAGGGGCAAGCUCCUUUUGAGGUGUUGCUACGUAGGAAUGAAGACCCCAUACAAUCUCUAACGAACAAUUCUACAAUCCAGAAUGUAGGAGGGGCUUAUGAAUUUCAUGCUGGAGAUGUAAUAGACUUGAUAUUCAAUGCUGAACAUCAGGUUCUAAAAAAUAAUACAUACUGGGGGAUCUUUCUGCUAGCAAAUCCCCAAUUCAUCUCCUAGAGACUCAGUUAGGUCUCCUCAUCUUCAGCACAUGCAGAGAUGCCAGUGCAUAGGAUGGAGAAGGAAGAUUUUCAACACAUACAGUUCAUCUGCGUAUACAAAUCAACAUGAACAGAUCUCCUCUGCAUGUGAAGCUUCAUUUCUCCUGCUUAUUGAAUGAGACUCAGAAAGCACUGAAGACAUUUGGUUACCCCUGAUGUUGGGUCAGCAAAGACACUUUACUAGUUCAUGAUAAAAUGAAAAUGGGUGGCUGGAAGACAAAAUCUUUUCAAAGUGUCUGUCUAGUCCUUGAACCCCUGAGUGGUAAAAUGAGGUCUAUUCCCAUAAUAGCCUUAUAUAGCAUGCAAAAAAAGACCAGGGUAGUAGCCUUGUCUUGUUCUUAUAUUCUUGGACUGUGGACUGUUUCAAUUCAUUCUUCCCAUAUUCUCAUCUUAGGAGACACUCUUAAUAAAAAGUAGAGUGGGUGUGUGACCAGCAACACUCCAUUUUGGAGUUGAUGAGAUUAGGGGAUAGAGAACACUCUUAGGAAAUAUUGGGACAGAAUUUCAGUUGGCAUUGAAAUGGAACGCACUUUAUUCAGGAAUUUCACUUGAUUUCAUCAUCAAGUGCAGGGUGCUCUGUAAAACCUGCUGGUCAAAAGGCUAGCUUUCAAUCUUCACAUAGCAGUUCAUGAGAAUUUACUGGUGUAUGUAUCUAACCAUGUCAAUGACAAAGAAAGAGUAAUCAUUAGUAGUAAGGUCUAACCCCCCAAAUUGGUAUUACCAGUACUGUACUUUGCAACUGUGCAGAGCCAGCUAAAAAUAUGAAAUCAUUACAUGACAAAGCACUUUCAUAUACCAUAUGGCAACUCAAAAGAUUUAAUGGGGCAGAUAUUUUUGGCACAAUUUUAACUAUGAGAAUACAGAGGCAGAUGGAAUAGAGGUAACUUGGUUUAGUUCAUAGAACUAGUCAUUAACAGGCACCUGGGCUUCCCACUGUAUUAUACUAUAUUAGCUUUACGAUUGGUAUUUCUGCUAUCAUGUUAGAAGCCUAUAAACUUUAACAGAUUUAAAAUUUUCAGAGAGUAUAUUCCCUUUUAGUUCAACACCAAUUUUUUCCUUUCUCAGCAAAUUUCUUUUCUUUGCCUGGAGCAGGGUACCCAGGGUGUUAUUCAAGACUUACUACAACUUAAUCUCCUUCCUUACUUUGGUCAAAUGUGUUAACUUCCAAAAAUAAUGAAUAAUACUCAAUUCAGGGACAGCAAUUAAAUUUUUGGACUCUGAAAAAUUAACUAGCUGCUUAUGGGUUGUUAUUAAAAGGUAUGUAGGUAAUGUGAUUACAUGAAAACCCAAUUUAAAAUAUUUAUGGAUAUUUGUAAAAAAUCUACAUUAUGUUAAUUAAUAGUAUCACCAUUAAAAACUAAUUUAAGAAUAUUUGUAUUGUAUGUAAGAAAAACUGCUUGGAAGCAGACUAAACCUGAGACCAAGAUGCCUCAUAGUAUGUCUUUUUUUUUUUAAAUACAUCUGCUGAGCAGCUGUAGGGACAAAGACUGGGGUACCUGGUUCCUCUUGUAUUUGUGUAUCAUCUCAGGAAAUUAAAGUUACAUAACAUACAUAUAUUUAUG